AUGCAGCCAGCAGACAGCCGCCGUCCCUGGGAGACCCCCGGCCAGGUGGCCGCAGCGUCCCCUCUUCUACUGCUGUUGCUGCUCACUGGCAGUAUGGGCACUUGCCAAGGUGCCCCAGUAUUGCCUCAAGAAUUACAGCCUGAACAAGAGCUACAGCUGUGGAAGGAGAUAGAUGAUGCUUGUUCGUCUUUCCUGAUCUCUGAAUCUCAACCUCAGCCAUUCAAUGCACUGGAGGAACUUUGCUCUAUAAUUAUGGGGAUUCUAGCAAAGCCUCAGGGACCAGAUGAAAAAGAUAAUACCAAAAGGGAUCCAAAUGAAGACACAGAAUGGAAUGAAAUUUUAAGAGACUUUGGCAUUCUUCCUCCAAAAGAAGAACCAAAAGAUGAAAUUGAAGAAAUGGUUUUACGCUUACAGAAAGAAGCAAUGGUUAAACCAUAUGAAAAGAUGACUCUUGCACAGUUGAAGGAAGCUGAAGAUGAAUUUGAUGAUGAAGAUAUGCAAGCUAUUGAAAUAUAUAGAAAAAAACGGUUGCAGGAAUGGAAAGCCCUUAAGAAAAAACAAAAAUUUGGGGACUUAAGAGAAAUUUCUGGAAAUCAGUAUGUGAAAGAAGUCACAAACGCAGAAAAAGACGUGUGGGUUGUAAUUCAUCUAUACAGAUCAAGUAUCCCAAUGUGUUUGUUGGUUAACCAGCAUCUUAGUCUCCUAGCAAGAAAGUUUCCAGAAACUAAAUUUGUUAAAGCCAUUGUGAAUAGCUGUAUUCAACAUUACCAUGACAAUUGUUUACCAACCAUUUUUGUUUAUAAAAAUGGUCAGAUAGAAGGCAAAUUCAUUGGAACUAUAGAAUGUGGAGGGAUAAAUCUCAAACUAGAAGAACUUGAAUGGAAGCUAGCAGAAGUUGGAGCAAUACACACUGAUUUGGAAGAAAACCCCAAAAAAGGCAUCGUAGACAUGAUGGUAUCCUCAAUUAGAAACUCUUGUAAUUAUGAUGACAGUAACAGUUCUAACAGUGAUAAUGAUGACACCAAAUAGAAAUAUCUAAUAAAUGCCUUU